CAGGGUUAACAUUUGAAGAAAGAAAAAAGCGCCACCUCCGGGCGUAUUUCUCUUUCGUACGUGUUCCCUGGCCGCAAACUGAAAGCUAGCCAACCAACCUCUUCCCUCAUGUCUGCCACCAUCGCAACGCCGACGCCCCUCCAACUCCAAAUCCGUGUGGCACCAGAGGCCCCGCGAACACGGUGGCGCGCGACCACCUGCAGGGCGAGGCCGGCGUCGUUGCCGGACGCGCAGGUGGUGACGGGAAGGAAAGGGGUGAGUGAGUACGUGGAGGCGGCGCAACAGCUGACGCGGUGGCCUGACGGCGGGCCUCCCAGGUGGUUCUCGCCGCUCGAGUGCGGAGGCGCCGGCGGGCGCAUCUCCGGCGCUCCGACGCUGCUUUACCUGCCCGGAAUUGAUGGAGUUGGUUUAGGUCUGAUCCGGCACCAUGAGGCGUUAGCAAAGAUCUUCGUUCUAUGGUGCUUGCAUAUACCCGUCAAAGACCGAACAUCCUUCGAAGGACUAGUUGAGUAUGUUGAGAGGACAGUCAAAUUAGAGAGCUCAAGGGCACCAGACAGACCAGUUUAUCUUGUUGGAGAAUCUAUUGGGGCAUGCAUUGCUCUCGCCGGGGCGGCACGAAACAGAGACACUGACUUGGUGCUGAUCCUAGUCAACCCAGGGACAUCUUUCCAUAAGUCAAAAUUACAGUCUCUCUCGGCCUUCUUAGAUUUGAUCCCUGAGCCUUUCCAUUUGAACAGCCCAGAGUUCUUGAAUUUCCUCACAGUGCUUUUAGAGAACUUCAUGCAGAUGCUGUUAACUUUUAUUGGACGUGGUACCUAUCUUGAAGAAGGUGGUCAAGCAUUGUCAGAGUUUCUAGUUGAUGUUCUGCCACGUGAAACAAUUGUUUGGAAGUUGCAAAUGUUGAGAAUAGCGUCAUCAUUUGUCAAUUCUCGUUUACAUGCAGUAAGAGCCCAAACUUUGGUGCUUGCUAGUGGGUACGAUGUACUGCUGCCAAGCCGCGAAGAGGCUCAAAGGCUCCAAAGCAUGCUUGAGAACUGUAGAGUUCGUCAUUUCAGGGAUAAUGGCCACACAAUUUUGUUGGAGGGGGGAUUUGAUAUAGUGACCACCAUUAAAGGAGCCGAAUACUAUCGCCGCUCUAGCCAGACGGACUUCAUUGCGGAUUAUCUGCCGCCGACUCCUAGUGAGCUCAAAAAAAUUCUUGAUUCUUUCGGGAUCUUAAAUUUUGCCAACUUGGUGAUGCUGUCAACACUGCCUGAUGGGAAGAUAGUGAGGGGACUUGCAGGCCUACCUGAGGAGGGUCCUGUUGUGCUUGUUGGAUACCACAUGCUCAUGGCACUUGAAUUGGUACCUCUGGUUGCAGGAGUGCUCAGUAGCACUGGAAUCAACUUGCGAGGCUUAGGCCACCCCUUCUUGUUCAACAAGUAUUCAGAGCAGCUCUUGCCAGAGUCGUCUCUCUUUGAUGUUUGUCGGAUCUUGGGUGCUGUGCCCGUUACAACAUUCAAUUUUUACAAGCUUCUUUCUGAGAAGCACUUUGUGUUGCUAUACCCAGGAGGUGCACGUGAAGUUCUUCAUAGGAAGGGAGAGGAAUACAAGUUGUUUUGGCCGGAGCAGCCUGAAUUUGUGAGGAUGGCGUCGAGGUUCGGAGCAAAAAUAAUACCAUUUGGAGUCGUUGGAGAAGAUGAUAUAUGUGACGUGCUGUUAGACUACAAUGAUCUUCUGAAGCUUCCAUUUUAUGACAUCAUGGACAAGAAGCUAAAUAAAGAUAGUGUGAAGCUCAGGGCUGAUUGUACUGGAGAGAUACAAAAUCAGCCAAUUCAUCCGAUGGUGGUUUUGCCAAAAGUACCAGGGAGGUUUUAUUUCAUCUUUGGGAAGCCUAUUGAAACAAGAGGGAGGGAGAUGGAGCUAACAGAAAAAGAGAACGCCCAACACAUGUAUUUGCAUGUCAAAUCUGAAGUGGAGAACUGCAUCAAGUAUCUGAAGGAGAAACGAGAAGAGGACCCCUACAGGAGCAUACUACCCAGGCUUCUCUACCAGGCGGUUCAUGGUCAUAAUGCAGAGAUACCCACAUUUGAAUUGUGAACCCUGUGUUGUUCACUCCCAGAAUAUGUACUAUAAUUAUAUAGGAUCUGUUCUUGUACCCUUGAUUUUUACUAUUUGUAAAACUGUUUUGCCUUACCAGAAUUGUUCAUUGAUAUUUGAGCAGUAACAUGGAAAUAAAUCUUUAGAAAAGGAA